AUGGCCAAGUUAACCAAACGAGGGAGAGCGGUAAUAGCAUGCGCCGUUUUCCUGUACGUGCUGGUGUCGUCGCAGAUCAACAGCUGGAAAGUGAACUCCGGGUUCUAUAAAGGGUUCAAGACGAUGCUGCCCACAACUUCGAACGUGAAAGAAAUCAAUCUCAAGCGGUUCGAGGCGGAAAACCUGCGUCACGCUUCUGUGGCGAGUCUGCGGUCGCAGCUGGCUCUCCAGUUUCCCUACGACGCGUCGCAGCCCAUGCCACGACGCGUGUGGCAGACGUGGCGCACAGCGUUGGACUCGCCCGAAACUUCACCCCCUUUCAAGUACUACGGCGGUCUAUGGAGUGACGCCGCCAAGGGAUGGCCCCUGGGCGAGUACGCACUGGUCCCAGACGACCAUAUGAUGCCCCUGCUGCAGAACUUGUACGGAGCGGUUCCGCAGAUCAUUCAGGCGUUCGAGUCGCUGCCGCUGCCGAUUCUCAAGGCCGAUUUCUUUCGCUACCUGAUCCUGUACGCUCGUGGUGGUAUCUAUUCAGACAUGGACACAUUCCCGCUGAAACCACUCAAUUCGUGGCCGUCCUUGGCGCCUGAUAAACGUCCUCAAUUGGGCUCGCCCAUCCAGUACCGUGGUCUGCAGCCAGCAAGCCUUGGAUCUGUCCCUGAGCCGGGCUUCGUAGUAGGCAUAGAGGCAGAUCCUGACAGGAUUGACUGGAGCGACUGGUUUGCGCGCAGAAUCCAAUUUUGUCAGUGGACAAUACAGUCCAAGCCGGGACAUCCUCUUUUGAGAGAGCUUAUCAUUAAUAUCACUGCAACUACGCUUGCAAGCACUAACGUCAAGAGUAGCGUCCAUGCCCCGGCUUUUCUCAUCGAUUCAGACCAUAAAAGUGACUAUUUGGUGAAUUGCCGCGACAGGAAAAGGUUUGACGACAGUUUCCCCGCGCACCAAAAGAAAACGUCGAAAAACGUCGACGGGACCGACACCAUGAAUUGGACUGGACCGGGCAUCUUUUCUGACGCCAUUUUUGACUACAUCAACAACCUUGUGCAGACAAAUCAAGACAUCGCCGUAAUCAACAAUAACAUGCGGCCAGGCCACCAGAGUGGGUCCGGAACGCACCAGUUCUAUCGGAAAAUCACAGAGGGCCUGGAGUCCAGUGCCACGUUCGUUAAAGAGUUUUUCACUUUGAUAGAAGAACCAGUUAUGAUUGACGACGUCAUGGUUUUGCCAAUCACCAGCUUUUCGCCUGGUGUUAAUCAAAUGCAUGCGAAACCAGACGAGGACGAGAUGGCGUUUGUGAAACAUAUGUUCGAAGGGUCCUGGAAGAGUGAGGCGUAA